AUUUAGUCUUAACGCGGGUGAUUUUGAGUUUACAUUUUACCUCUUUUACUAUUAUUAACCAAAUUACUAAAAUAGGUUGAUGUAUAUUCCGCUGCUACUUAACAUUCCAGCGGUUGGUCGUCAGUUUGCUCGGCUAAUCGGAAGUUGCAGUUUACGUUAGCAAGUGAAGCUAAGCUAAGCUAGCUAACGUUAGAUUUUGUUCUAGGUGUCUGCAGUGUUUGAGGAUUAAAUUUACAUGUUAUCAUGUCUCUGAGCGCCGUUCACGGAACACUGUCGAGUCUGAAAUCAUGUCAGACGGACAUCGGGACAGGGAUGGACAUUGUGACAGACGUAGCCAUGGACCUGGCUGAAGCUCAGGAUGAUGCAGUGAAUCCUGGCAUCAAAGCGAUGGAGGAUAUGAUCCUGGAGUGUGCCAAACUAGACAGAGAGAUUAACUACUUUGUUGAUGUGGUGCAACAAGUCACAGCUGAGGUUACAACACAGCAGCCGGAGGCCAUGUUCAGCCUGUCCGACAAAGUGAAGGAACAAUACACGGAGAGAAUCGCCAGACUCUCUGAUGCUGAUCUACACAAUCACCAGAAAGUAGUGGCCUUCAAGGACAGCAUCAGGAACUCUUUCAAACAAGCCAGCCAAGAGUCAGCGGCGGACAUGGAGGAGCUCGAUGAGGACGUGGCUGUUACACAGACUCAAGUCAACUUCACCUGCCCACUCACGCAGGUGGAAAUGGUGAACCCAGUGAAGAACAAGAAGUGUAACCACCAUUACGAUGAAGGAGCCAUACUGAGCCUGAUCAAAACAAAGCACGGCCAGAAUAAGAAAUGCCGCUGUCCGGUGGUUGGCUGUGGGAACGCAGAUGUCAAAGACUUGGACCUCAUUCCAGACCAGAUGCUGAGGAGGAAGAUCCAGAGCCAGAAGAGGCAGAACAGCCGCACUUAGUACAACACAUUUUUAUGAAUCAUUCAUUCCAGUUAUUCAUUAAACCUAUGCCUUGGAGAUGACUCACACACUGAGAAAUAAUGUUGUUGACUGUGAAGCUGUUUUCAUCCGUAAUGAGCACCCGUUGCUGCGUUACAUUUGCAGGUAUUUGUGAAUAAGUUAUAUUUUUUUAUUCUCUUUGUGAUUUGGACUUUAGAAACUAUCGGCUGCUCAGCUGGAUUUGAGUUUGUAGGUAAUCUGGCCUGUUUUUCUAUUUCAUCUGGAGCGUUUUUGUGUGUUCCAGUUUUGUUGAAUGAAUAAAGACAUCAGAUAUUUGUAUGAAAUAAUUCCACUUGUCUCCCUGAUGCAGUAAUUUGACAGAACCACAAGAGAGCAGCGUUUGUUCAAAGUCAGUGCCAAAAUAAAUGAAUCUUAACAGUUCUGGAUUUUUAUUCUUCAGUUUCAGGUGGACUAUUGGUGGAGUAGUGACCACCACAAAGAUCCCUGAAGUGCUCAUUUUAGCUCCUCUUCAGACUACUGAGUCACUACUUUCUACCAGAGUGUAGAAACACUGAUAAUGAAUACGGGCAUUGAUGUAAUCUUUCUGACAUGUGGUCCUCUGUCUCUCCUGUUUGCAAGAACAAUACUGGAAAUGUCAAAAAAAAAUCCUGAAAACACUACAUGAACAAGUCAUAAACUGUUCUUUAACAUCUGCGGGAAUGCACUUAUGUGAUUAAAUCUCUCCCUGCCUGCUCUCGGCUCUUGUGAAGGGUCUUUGUUCCAAAGAGAAACAAACAAAGGCUGCGUUGAGAUGAAACUAGGUGAAGCUAAUCUUUUAAUAACCUUGCAUCAGGCAUUUUUCAAAAUCUCUAAUUGCUCUUUCCCUACAAUGAGUGUGUCACGCAGCACAAAGAGCAUUUUGCCAAAGAAGAUAUUAACUGGCAACAAACGCUCUCGCUGAUGUUGCCUCAUUCAUUCCUCCACUCUGCUUCAUUCUGAAUCUAAUCGAGUUUACGGCACAACAUGUUAAGUCGCAGGUAAUUUCCCAACAACGGUUCAAUUUGUGGAAAGUGCGCACACAAACACGCCUCAGCGUUGCAUUCACCAGAUCACAGGAAGGGCCGUUAAGCUGAGCUGUAAAUAUCCUUGGGAAUUCAAUCACAAUAUUGCAUGGACACACAGUGCUGAGAAUGGGGGGAAAAAAACAAUUAAUUCCUCAUAGAUGUUUGCUUACUUCUGGUUACGUUUGAUCUGGAAUUCACAUUCAUCUCUUCAAAGCUGCAAGAAGUAGGUGUAAUGGCUGCCUGAGACACUGUAAGCCUGGAUAUCUGGCUUGUCCAAGGAGGAUUUUUCCUUUGGCUGGAAGUAUUCUCACUUCUUGGCAGUGCCAGAGCUGGGUGGAGAAAGAGACGAACAGCAGGGCUCAGCUGAGACUGGCACUUCAAAAUUCUAGUUUGAUCCCGGUGUCAUGCUUUCCUUCCACUGUUUUUUGCGCUUAAGUCUAAACAGUUUGACAUGUAAAAAGUAGCCCACUUCUGCUGUUGACACACCGAGUUGUCAAGGAAACUAUAUUCUCACAGGCUGCCCACAUGACCUCUCCCUCUCUGAAGUGAAUAAAACAAUCCUUUUAUCGCAGAGUUGUUGGAGACUUCAAGUGAUACCUGAACUUUAGAAGAAGCACUGUCAGACCAAAAAUGUUCCAGCGUCUCUGUGCUGUAAAUCUACCGGCGCAGUAGAUUUCUGCGGUGACUCUUGGAAGAUUCAUUUCGGUGAAGUGCAUCUCAGUUUUGAUAUCCAGGCUGGCCUCACUGAUGUGUACAUCUGUAGCUCAACAGAUUUGGAGGCCAGAUGUCAAAAUCCAGAGCAAAGUUGAUAUUUUUCUCUUCACAUAAACACGUAAAAAAAAACUGAAAUCUGUAAAAACCUGUUUGGAUUUGAUUGCGUAAAGUUGUGUUUGGCUUCUUUUCUUUCUUUUUUUAACAAUAAAAUGAAAAGGUAUGUCCUCA